AUGUCACAAGAACCCUAUCUUCUAGAAACAAAUCUAGAUGGCAAACUACCACUAAUCGCUAGAGGCAAAGUUCGCGAUAUCUACCAAGUGAAUGAUUCUCAGUUGUUGUUUGUUGCCACCGAUAGAAUCUCAGCCUACGAUGUUGUCAUGAACAAUGGUAUUCCCAACAAAGGAAAGCUUUUGACGAAAUUAUCAGAGUUUUGGUUUGAAUUCUUCAAAGACGAUGUCAAAAACCAUCUAUCCCAUAUUACGCUCCAACAGGGCUUGACCAAAGAAAUCCAGCAACCAAAAUAUCUACAACAAUUAGUCGACAGAUCUCUAAUUGUUAAUAAAUACAAAUUAGUCCCUCUAGAAGUCAUUGUUAGAGGCUAUCUAACAGGCUCUGCAUGGUCUGAAUAUAAGAAACAUGGAACCGUUCAUGGAACGAAAUAUCCCCCAGGCUUUCAAGAAUCUCAUGAAUUUGAAUCCCCAAUUUUUACUCCAUCCACUAAAGCUGAAAACGGACAACACGAUGAAAACAUCUCCAUCGAAAAGGCAAUUAAAAUUGUUGGUUCCAAAAAAAUCGUUGACGAUUUAAUUCAAAUUGCAAUUUUAUUAUACAAAAAAGCAAAAGACUAUGCAAAGACUAAAAAUAUCAUCAUCGCUGAUACGAAAUUCGAAUUUGGCUUGGAUGAUGAAAAUAAUCUAGUUCUAGUCGAUGAAGUUCUAACUCCUGAUUCCUCAAGAUUUUGGAACUUGUCAACCUAUAAACUAGGUCAAGGCCAGGAUUCUUAUGAUAAACAGUUUUUAAGAAACUGGUUAACCGAUAAUAAGUUGAGAGCCAAAGAAAAUGUAACAAUUCCAGAUGAAAUUGUUACUAAAACAAUGGCUAAAUAUGUCGAGGCUUACGAAGCCUUGACUGGUGAUAAAUAA